CGGACUGCCAGUCCACCAGUUUCAACGUUUUUCACUGAUUCCAAACUAUCAUAUUUCAACUGGAAAUGGUGCUUUCAAUUGUACAGCUGCCAGCGCGUGGUAAUGACCAGUAGUUAAUAUGAAUACCGACGACUUUGAGGACAUGCUAUUUGGCGAUUUAGCUUCGCAGACCUUUCCCGACGAUGCUUUAAGCAAUGCUUCUGAAGACGAUAUUCUCUUUCCUCUGGCCGAGGACGACUCUAUUCUCUGGGAACUACAGAACAGACCACAGCUAAUGCCAGCGCCAAUAAAAGAGACACCCGACAAGCACAGUAUUGACACAGAAUUCAGCCACAUAGAAGUCAGAUCUAACACCAAACUUCCUACCCAAGCACCGCCCCGCGACAGGCAUUGGGUCAUAGCUCGCGUAGAAGCUAUGUUGGAAAGAAUUGUGGAUGGCCUCCUCGAAGAAAGCGAAUCACUCACCAUAACGCUGAAGUCUCGAGCAAGCCUUUCUCGAAGACGGACGAAUGUUCUAGAUAGCAAUGGCCCACCUCCUGAGCCCAAGGAACGCGAUAUCAGCUUCCCAGGCGCUAGUGCGCAAGAAGCAUGGAACUUCACUGUGCUCCUGCGGAUACUGGAGCUCGUUCAUGGUGCCCUGCUUGACGACACAGUCAUGACUAAACGAGAUAUAUACUAUCGACACCCCGAUUUGUUCGUCAAGCAAUCGGUUGUUGAUCGAUAUGUGGACGAUCUAGCAUGUACCUUUGGCAUCACUAGAUCUCAGUUGAAUAUAACUGCCGCUGCAAAGGGGCUAGUCGCGGGCAACUUUACGCUGACGCGAGAAUGUGGCCAUCAAGUCAACGUCAAGAACGAUAAAGAGGGUAUGCUCAUCCCUACAGUUGGCGAUAGGGAUGCACUAGAUUUGACGUUAGUCCAAUGGAUACUCGUCAUAGAGAAAGAGGCGACAUUUCGAACUCUGCUGAGCUCCUCACAAUGGGAGUCGUUGGGAUCAUGCGGAGUGAUCUUGACUGCAAAAGGAUACCCCGAUAUAGCUACAAGAAAGUUCCUACGCCAACUAGCGGAUUGCGCCCCUUGCAUCCCCAUGUACGCGUUCGUAGACUUGGACCCUGACGGCAUCGCCAUCCUAUCCACGUACAAGUACGGCUCGUAUCGCCUUGCUCACGAAUUUGUUGCACAGAAGGAAGCACCUGCAGUGGGCUUGCCCGACAUCCGCUGGCUCGGUGUAAAGAGAAACCACCUCAGCCGAACUCCGGUAGGCGAAAGUGACACAGGCACAAAUGUGAUACCUGAACUCCAGGGUCUCAUGAAGCUCUCGCCCCGCGACCGCACGAAGGCGGCUCGAAUGCUAGAGUGGGAUCUUUGCGUCGAGGACGGGCCGGAGCAGGGUUGGAGACAAGAGCUACAGACGAUGCUUAUGCUCAAUGUCAAGGCAGAGAUGCAGAUACUGGACGAGCUGCCUGGCGGUAUGGUGUCAUGGCUGAGCAAUGAGCUCGAUCAAGCUAGCAUGCCGGUGUCUAUACAGUGGAUCGAAAGCACUGGCUCAGACGAUGGGAUGCUCUUCUGAGGUCUUUGGGAACACCUCCGCAUCACCGUGUGAACGCUAUGUCUAUCCUCCCCUUUUCUCCUCAUUCUGCAAGCGACAUGCUACAAGACUUGUCGGCGGUAGUAUUGCAAAGUCUUUUAGCACCUGUAGCCCUACUUUGAGCUCGAUUCGGUACGUCUUGAGAGACCAGAAGCAAUGCGAACAAUGUGCAACUCGAUCAACAUGUCAAGGCGUCUGGCCGCUGUCUGU